AUGGCAUCUAGAAAAGAAGUUUUGGCAAAAAUUAUUGCAACUAUCCCGCAUUUGGGAAGCUUAAGGGGCUCUCAAGGCACUACCGCAUGGACUGGGAGGAAGUUCUUUCAGUUUUUGGGAGUAAAGUACGCUGAGGCACCUAUUGGAAAGCUCAGAUUCAAGAAACCCGUACCCAUUGCUCCUUGGACGGGUAUUAAGGAUGCCACGGAGUAUGGACGAACAUUUCCAAGUGCUUCAUUUUAUCAAAACAUUCCUGAUGAGGAUAAAUUCAACCCUGAACUUGAGGAUUGUCUGAGUCUCUGUGUUUUCUCACCAGAUCUCAAGGGAAAGUUCCCUGUAAUGGUUUACAUUCAUGGUGGGUCCUUUAGAGAAGGAGGUGCCCCUUGUCAUCCACCAAACUAUCUAUUGGAAAAGGAUAUUGUGUUGGUUGUGCCUCAAUAUCGUCUUGGUCCACUUGGUUUUCUCUGUACAAUGAGUGAAACAAUUCCCGGGAAUGCGGCUAUAUUUGACCUAAUCUUGGCUCUUGAGUGGGUGCAAAAGAAUAUCAAAUAUUUCGGUGGAGAUGCAAGCAAAGUUACUGUCUUUGGGCAAUCGGCAGGCGCCGUAUUGGCCUCUUACCUCAGCAUGAGUCCUCUGGUGAGGGAAGAUCUCCUCCAUGGUGUUAUCCUUCAAUCUGGGGGAGCUUUCUGCUCAUGGUCAACAUUUGAAGAUCCCAUUGGGGAUGCUCGAAAGACCGCCAUUAAUUCAGGAAAGUGCACGGAAAAAUCAACAAUUGAAGAAGUUGAAAAAUGCUUAAUGGAAAUGGAUGUUAAGACCCUCUUUCACUGUGCAAACGGGACACGAAAUAGACCAAUCCUGGAUUGUCCAUCGGGACUCCUCUGCCCCCCGCGGGAUGAUGUUUACAUUAACAAUCGUUGUCGCAAAAAUCUUCCUAUGAUGACGGGUGUUACAAAGCAUGAUGCCGGAUAUAAUUUUAUGCUUUUCUAUGAUUUUAUUGAAAAUACUUAUGGCUUAUCCAACAAACACUACAACAUAUUCAAACUCAUUGAAACUCAACUCUUCAUUGCGGGUUUUGAAAGUAAUUUUUCGGAUGUUACAGGAAUGUUGGGAUUUCUUGUGAAAAAUUUUCUCUGGGACGAAGAAACCAUCAUGAGGGGAGAUUUAAUUGAAAUGCUCCCUGGGAUGAUAGAUAUUGGCAAUAUAUUUGGAUUUAAAGCUCCUGUCUUGAAGCAAGCAAUGUUGAAUGCUUCAGUUAAUCCUAAGAAUACUUGGCUCUACACCUUUGACUACGAAGGUGAGCACACGAGGCAUGGCUACGGUGAGGAUACGUCCAAGUAUCCCUUCAAAGGUGGAGUAGCUCACUCAGAUGACAACAUUUACCUCUUCCCCUGGCCCGAGGAAGUAACGAAUCUCAAUGAGAGAGAUACAAAAAUGGCUAAGAAGAUGGUUGACUUGUGGACGUCUUUUGCCACUAAUGGCGUUCCUGCAUCGCCAGAUGUUUGCAUUUGGCCUCCAAUGGAGAAUCCAACUGGGCCCUACCUUCACAUUGACGAAGAAUGCUCUGUGGGAAAGACAUUUUACGACGAAUUCAAGACGAUUCAAUAG